GUUUCUCUCUGUUGCUCAGUUUUCUCUCUCUGGAAAGCAUCCGCAUCCAUGGUCGCUAACUCCAAGGACUUCACACUCUACAGUGAUUAAUCUAUCGCUCACAAAAACCCUAAAUUAGGGUUCCCCACGAAAUCUGGAACGUUGCAGCCUUUGUUCCCAACCUUUCACAUUCACAUUGCUUGCGUUUACGUAUUCUCUUCUUUCUCUCUCCCGGGCUUCUUCUCCACUGCUUGCAGUGUCUCAGUUUUGUCGCAGCUCCGAAACAAAUGGGCUUCUGGAAGUGAAAGGUGUGAUGGCGAUUUGGGGGUUGUCGUUUUGACCCCAAAUGGGCGUGUCCAAGGCCUGGAGGUUUAGCUUGUUAUCGACGAACCUGGCUCUGUUACAGCACCCGAAUAUCAAUAAGCAUGUGUGCUGGAGAUCGAUGACGACGGCGCCGACGUCAUUGCAGCAGAGGAAGCCGACCUCUUGGUCGGUGGUGUGCGGCUUCAUGCUAUUCGCGUUGGGCUUGAUUUCGCUUUUAACAGGUCAUAUGGCCUCUGAUCUUGAAUGGUACUCUCAACGAUUGGUUCAGCGCACUUUCUACUACAGACAGCAUGGGGAGUACCGUGCGCCAGUUGAUAUUUGGAAAUCACAAUAUUCUAGAUACUACUAUGGGUGCAGUGAAAGAGGACGUCAUUUUGCUCCUGCUGUGCAUGAGCGAUCUUCAAAUGGCUACUUGCUUAUUGCAGCUAGUGGAGGACUGAACCAGCAAAGAACUGGGAUAACGGAUGCUGUAGUUGUUGCACGAAUUCUUAAUGCUACUCUAGUUGUACCUGAGCUGGAUCAUCAAUCUUACUGGAAAGAUGACAGUGACUUCAUCAACAUUUUCGACAUUUCUUGGUUCAUUUCUUAUCUUGCAAAAGAUGUUCCUAUUGUCAAAAGAGUUCCUGAUAAGAUCAUGCGGUCAAUGGAAAAGCCACCAUAUACAAUGCGUGUCCCGAGGAAAUCAGAGCCGGAAUAUUAUCUUGAUCAAGUGUUGCCAAUCCUCUUAAGGAGACGGGUUGUGCAAUUGACGAAAUUUGAUUAUAGACUUGCAAAUAACCUUGAUGAUGAGUUACAAAAACUCCGCUGUCGUGUUAAUUAUCAUGCCCUAAGGUUCACAAAACCCAUACAAGAACUUGGUCAGAGACUGGUAAUGAGGAUGCGAAAGAUGACAAGCCGAUUUAUUGCAGUUCAUCUAAGGUUUGAACCAGAUAUGCUAGCAUUUUCAGGUUGUUAUUUCGGUGGGGGAGAAAAAGAGAGACGUGAACUGGGUGAAAUCAGAAAAAGGUGGACAACAUUGCCUGACUUGAGCCCUGAUGGAGAGCGCAAGCGAGGAAAAUGCCCACUUACUCCUCAUGAAGUUGGUUUGAUGCUGCGGGCACUUGGCUUUGCAAAUGAUACGUACCUCUAUGUUGCGUCAGGAGAAAUAUAUGGUGGGGAUGAGACUAUGCGCCCUCUUAGAGAACUUUUCCCUAACAUGUAUACUAAGGAGAUGCUUGCUAAUGAGGACCUGAAGCCUUUCCUUCCAUUCUCUUCCCGUCUUGCUGCCAUUGACUACAUUGUUUGUGAUGAUAGUGACGUGUUUGUCACAAACAAUAAUGGUAACAUGGCCAAGAUACUUGCUGGUCGAAGGAGGUAUCUGGGUCACAAAAGAACCAUUAGACCAAAUGCAAAGAAGCUUAGUGCGCUGUUUAUGGCAAGAGAUAAGAUGGAUUGGGAUACCUUUGCCAGAAAGGUCAAGAUAUCUCAAAGAGGAUUUAUGGGAGAGCCGGACGAGGUGAGGCCUGGACGAGGAGAAUUUCACGAAUAUCCCAAUUCCUGCAUCUGUGAAAAACCACUUGUAGAUGAAGCAAGCAAAGAUGGAUAUAAAAAUGUUGCUACCAACGUUACAACGAACUCGGAAUCCACAAUGAAUGGAGGGAGAAAGAUUCGAGAGUUUUCAGCUGCAAAAAGGUAGCAGGAAAACAGUAAGCGGGUGACAAGGAAGUAACUUAUGACCAAGUGAGGAUCAUUGGGAGAAAUAAAACCGGCCAAUCUACUUGUUGACGGCGUGAAUUGUCGAUGAGAGCACCUUUUUCAAGUUCCACAAGGCAGAUAUCAAGUCAGUGCUAAUUCAACUUUUGUCAGAGCAAUCAAUCAAAAGGCAUGCAGACAGAAUCCAGUAAGUUGGUAGAUGGCUUAAUUUAUAUAUCUAUGUAUAUGAUGAAGUACGUUAAUGGCUGCAAGUGUUAAUAGAUAUUCUUGUAGAUCUGUACGUUCUCUCUGUAACAGGUUAACGUGUCUGGCAACCAAAAAAAAAAAAAAGAUUUUCCUCCCAUUUUCUUCUGGCCUAUUUAUUUUAUCUCUCCACAGAUUCAAGAUCGUCAUUGAUCUGCAAAUUGAGCAUAACUAUAUGCGAAAAGUUUUCCCCAUACUUUUUGAACAACGUCAUAAAAGUCCUCGUGUUUAUCUGA